CUCGUAAAUUGUUGCUAUCUGUCGCAACGUUUAGUCCAGCAGCAGAGGUCACAACAAACCGCUCAGAAUGGGAGGUGACCACGGCCCCAGCAAAAUGUCCCUGCCAGAUUGGCGGCAGUGGAAGGUGGAGGGAACACCCCUGGAGUUCACAAAGGAGAGGCUGGCGGCCAGGGGCCUCAAGGACCCGUGGGCACGUAACGAGGCGUGGAGAUACUCUGGCGGCUUCGCUCGUGCUGUGACUUUUUCAGAGGUGCUGCUGAAAGGAUUCAAGUGGGGCUUCGCUGCCUUUACCGUGGCUCUGGCUGUAGAGUACGCCCUGUUCCCACCAAAGAAGGGUGGACACUAAUGCUCAUCGUAGUCCCUCAAAACCCGACCAAACUGGAGUGUGUUAAUAUUCUGUUUUCUUUAUUAAAUGUCUAUUUGGUCCCCA